AUGGCGGAAAAUGAACCAAAUAGGCGAAUUCUACGAGAAUUUGCUUUACCGGAAACACAAGGUUCUCAAACUAGCAUUGCAAGGCCAACGGUAAGUGCUAAUAAUUUUGAGAUUAAACCAUCGCUGAUUCAAAUGGUACAACAAUCUCAAUAUGGAGGUAAUGCUACCGAAGAUCCAAAUUCUCACUUGUCAACAUUUCUUGAAAUCUAUGAUACAAUUAAAUUCAAUGGUGUUAGUGAUGAUGCAAUUAAACUUCAAUUGUUUCCAUUCUCGCUAAGGGACAAAGCCAAGGAAGGAGAGACAUUGUAUGAAGUUUGGGAGCGCUAUCGGGAAUUGCAACGAAGAUGUCCUCAUCAUGGUCUACCAGAUUGGCUAGUAGUCCAAACAUUUUACAAUGGUCUCACCUAUCUAACAAAGACGCAUGUAGAUGCGGCAGCGGGAGGAGCAUUGAUGGGAAAGAAAGUUGAGGAAGCUCAACAAUUGAUUGAAGAAAUGGCUGCUAACAACUACCAAUGGGCCAACGAACGAGGUAAUACAAGGAGAACUGUAGGUAUGCUUGAAGUAGAUACCUUGAAUAUGUUAAGUGUAAAAAUGGAUAAUGUGGUUAAGAUACUUAAUAGGCACGUUGGUUCUAGCUCUAAUCAAGGAGUAGUUGUUCCAUGUUGUACUACUUGCGGCGGAGAUCAUGAUGAUUCUAUGUGUUCUAGCAGUGAACAGAUUCAAUAUCUUAACAAUUACAACCGUCCACCCCAAAACAAUCCAUACUCCAAUACCUAUAAUCCAGGAUGGCGUAAUCACCCGAAUUUUGGAUGGAAGGAUCAAGGGAACCAACAAAGACAAGUUAAUCCACCGGAUUUUCAACCGAAGCAACCACUUCCGGAGUCCGAACUAGCUUGGGAAUUGGCAAUUGAAAAGCUGGCAAAUGUAUCAAAUGAUAAAAUUGAAAAGUUAGCCAGUGCCACUACUCAACAGUUUGAAAGAAUUGAAGGAAUGAUGGCCCAACUCACCAAUAUGUACAGGAAUGUUGAGGUCCAAUUAGGGCAAAUAGCUAAUGUAGUUAACAAUCGUAACCAAGGGAAUUUACCUGGCAAGACUGAGGUGAACCCAAGGAAGCAUGUGAAGGCCAUAACCCUCCGAAGUGGUAAGGAAGUGGGUGAGCCACUUGUAGUUGAAAAUGUGAGAAAACAUGAAAGAAAGGAUAACAAACAGUUGAGUGAAUUAGAAGAUGAUAACAAGUCAAUAGAAGGGAAAGACAAGGUGGAAGGAAGUGAGUCACAAAUUAAUGAGACAACACAAAUUCCUCCACCAGUGCCAUUCCCGCAAAGAUUGAAACCUUCAAGAAAUGACAAAGAAUUUGAGAAGUUUGUCAAUAUUUUCAAACACUUACAUAUUAACAUUCCUUUUGUUGAUGCUAUUUUGCAGAUUCCUUCAUACGCAAAGUUUCUCAAAGAGAUAACGACUAAGAAAAGGAGGGUAGUAGAUAGUGAGACAAUUGCAUUAACGGAAGAAUGUAGUGCCAUCAUACAAAACAAAUUGCCACCAAAGUUGAAAGAUCCGGGGAGUUUCACAGUUCCUUGCACUAUCGGUAAUGUAGAAUUUUCUAAAGCACUAUGUGACCUUGGUGCGAGUGUUUCAUUGAUCCCUUUAACUGUGCCUAGGACUAUUAGACAUCCAAUGGGCAUAUUGGAGAAUGUGUUCAUUAAAGUACAGAAAUUCAUUAUUCCUGUUGACUUUAUUGUUUUAGAUAUGGAGGAGGAUGUCAAUGUACCUAUUAUACUUGGUAGGCCAUUUUUGGCCACUGCAGGUACAAUAAUAGAUGUUAAACGUGGUAAGUUCAAGUUCCAAAUUGAUGAAGAGGAAGUGGAGCUUGAUCUAAGUAAAAUGAAGAAAUAUCUCUCUUUUACCAACCAUGUUUAUUCUAUUGACAUAUGUGAUGAAUUGGCAUUAGAGAUGAGUCAAGUUAAUCUUGAUGAUGAUUCUCUUGAACUUUGUCUUAAUGGUAUAGGUUUACAAGAGGAACAAGUUGAAGAAAUGACCGAAUUUUUGCAGGCACAGGUUCCUUACAAAAGGAGAAAUGCGUAUGAGGAGUUAGGACUAAGCAAAGGAUUACCUCCACAAUCGUGUGAGCAAGCUCCACGGCUUGAGCUUAAGCCGCUGCCUAAACACCUCAAAUAUGCAUUUCUUGGAGAAAAAGAGACAUUGCCGGUUAUUGUAAAUUCUGCACUAGAUGAGGAAUAA